CGGCCAGGGUUGGAGGGAGGGGCCGCGCCCCAUGUUCGGUUGGUGACUGCGCCUUCCGCCCGGGCUCGCCUAGGCUCCCGGGAUGCGCGGAGGUGGAGGCGGCGAUGGCGACGAUUUCUCUAGCCGGGCAGCAUCCAGGCCGCCGGGCGCAGCUGGGGUCGCGGCUGCGAUGUGGAGGAGGAAGGGCGGCGCUGCAGCCAUCCGGCAGGCUUAUCUUCCUUGGCCCUCUUUUGGCAUAUAUCCCUCGUCUGUGAGUUGAGGUCCUGACUCUCUUCCUGUUCAUUUUUUUGUUUUGUUUUGUUUUUUGAGAACACAAGGAAGAGACACCUCUCUCUGAAGAUGAAUUCAAGUGCUCCCAAUGCCACCUUGUUGUACAUGCCUCCCUUGCUGGGAGGAAACAGCACUUCUGUCCAGGAAGAUCUUCGAGAUUUUAUCCACACGGCAACCUUGGUGACCUGCACUUUUCUGCUUGCCAUCAUCUUCUGUCUAGGCUCUUAUGGAAACUUUAUUGUUUUCUUGUCUUUCUUUGACCCUGCCUUCAGGAAGUUCAGAACCAACUUUGAUUUCAUGAUCCUGAACUUGUCUUUCUGUGACCUCUUCAUCUGUGGGAUUACAGCCCCCAUGUUCAUCUUUGUGCUAUUCUUCAGCUCAGCCAGGAGCAUCCCGGAUACUUUCUGCUUCACCUUUCACCUCACCAGUUCAGGCUUCAUCAUCAUGUCCCUCAAGAUGGUGGCUGUGAUUGCCCUGCACCGGCUUCGAAUGGUGCUAGGGAAGCAACCUAAUUGCACAGCCUCCUUUUCCUGCAUCUUGCUCCUCACCCUGCUUCUCUGGGCCACCAGUUUUACCCUUGCCACCUUGGCUACGCUGAGAACCAGUAAGUCUCACCUGUGUCUCCCCAUGUCCAGUCUGAUGGCUGGGGAAGGGAAAGCCAUUCUCUCUCUGUAUGUUGUUGACUUUGCCUUCUGUGUUGCUGUGGUGUCUGUCUCUUACAUCAUGAUUGCUCAGACCCUUCGGAAGAAUGCUCAAGUCAAAAAGUGCCCCCCUGUGAUCACAGUUGAUGCUUCUAAACCACAGCCAUUCAUGGGGGCCUCUGGGAAGGGAGGUGGAGAUCCUAUCCAGUGCACUAUGCCAGCUUUGUACAGGAACCAGAAUUACAACAAACUGCAGCACAUUCAGACUCAUGGAUAUGCUAAGAAUCCCAACCAGAUGCAGAUCCCCUCUGCCAAUCGACUCCAGCUGAUAUCAGCCAUCAACCUUUCUACUGCCAAGGAUUCCAAAGCUGUGGUUACCUGUGUGAUCAUUGUGCUGUCGGUCCUAGUGUGCUGUCUUCCUCUGGGGAUUUCCCUGGUGCAGGUGGUUCUGUCAGACAACGGGAGCUUCAUCCUUUACCAGUUUGAACUGUUUGGAUUUACUCUGAUAUUUUUCAAGUCAGGAUUAAAUCCUUUUAUAUAUUCUCGAAAUAGUGCUGGGCUGAGAAGGAAAGUGCUCUGGUGCCUGCAGUACAUUGGCCUGGGCUUUCUCUGCUGCAAACAGAAGACUCGACUUCGAGCCAUGGGAAAAGGGAACCUUGAAAUCAAUAGAAACAAAUCUUCCCACCACGAGACAAACUCUGCCUACAUGCUGUCUCCAAAGCCACAGAAGAAAUUUGUGGACCAGGCUUGUGGCCCAAGUCACUCAAAGGAAAGUGUGGUAAGUCCCAAAGUAUCUGCUGGACACCAGCACUGUGGUCAGAGCAGCUCGACGCCCAUCAACACUCGGAUUGAACCUUACUACAGUAUCUAUAACAGCAGCCCUUCUCAGGAGGACAGCAGUCUGGGAAAGUUACAGCCAGUAAACUCUUUUGGAUUUGCCAGUUCGUACAUUGCCAUGCACUAUUACACCACUAAUGACCUGAUGCAGGAGUAUGACAGCACAUCAGCAAAGCAGAUCCCAUCCCCUCUGUUUAAAAUCUGGAGGGAAUGGUGUCCCAAAACUGAAGAAGCCUUUAGAAGAUUUUGAGGUCAAUGGCAAAGCAAAAUUUGAAGAGUCCGCUGAAGAGUUGAUCAUUAGAUUUUCUUUUGUCUGAGAUAUUAGUAUCCAGAUUUGCUUCAUGGUUUCUCGACAUUUUAAGAUUUGAUGUAAAAGUUUAUUUCAAUUUUUACUCUGAUGUGUGUUCCAAUCUUUUGUACUAAACUACUAAGAAAAUGCCAGGAACAAUUCUACCGAUGACAGCCCUUUGCGUCAGUGUUAUGGAUCUUUAGAUAUGUAUUGGCCACAUUUUUAAAGGUAUUCUAAAAAAUGAUCUUUCUGAAGUGUUAUUUUUAUAAAAAAUAUAGACUUUGAGUCUCUGAAGUACCGAAAUAGAAAACAGUAUUCUUUUUUGGUGGCAAGUUGACUUAAAUGAAAAACUUACUGUUAAAGCAGAAAAUAGAAAUGUGUUACCUGUACCUCUGUCCUUAUCAAAAGUUCUCACCCAGUGUGAGGUACUCCCCUUAUAAGACAGCAACCUAACAACACAGAGUUGUGAUUCUUGUCACUUCUUACUAUACACAUUGUUGUUUUUUGUCAAUUGAGUAGCUAGUUUUACAAAAUGUUUUUGGUAGUUACCAGUUAAUUGCUGUUCCAGAAGGACCUUAACCGAGAAUCAUAUGUAGUUGAGGACUGCAGUACAGCAUAAGGCGCUGUUCUCAGAGAACAGACAGUGUGUUCAGCAGUUUGUCUGUGGAAGGCAGUGCUCACACCUAUUUUGCGUUUAACACUAGCUACCCUUAUAUUUAGCAAGGCAUAAAGAUACAGUUGUGGGGAUUGACAUAGGUUUCCCUUCUGUGUGAGUAGAAUUUAGUAGAUAGCCACCUGACAGUGUUCACAUAGAUAUUCAGAAAUAAACUAAUUUAAAUAUUGCUAUGGGAAAAAAUUUCAAGGUGAUCUAUUAAUAUUUUCAGAUGGAGGUUUUUAGGUUUUGGCUUUUUUUUUCUUAUUCUAUUUUUAUGGGGCUGGAGAUUGAGCCUAGGUCCGUGUGCAUGUUAGGCAACCAGUCCAUCAUGAACUACAUCCCUAGCUCUAAACUAAUUGUUUUAUAUUCUCAUCAACCUUAAACUAGAAAUGAGCAACAAUGUUAUUCUUACAUCUGAAACUAUUUUAUUAGGUACUCUGAUUACUGGGAGAACAACUGUGAAAUCGUAUUUUUAAUGUAAAAACAUUUUUGUUAUGCAGUGAUGAUUUGAAUUCACUAGAAUUCUGGAAAACUAUUAGACCCAAAAUAGAGUAUCUUUACAAACUGUUAUAUCCAACUAUUAUUCUCAAAGCUCAUAAGUGCAAGGAACAGAAGGUGCUCAGCUCAGAGCGCCCUCCCCCAGGCUCUCCUCACACUCCAAGCUCACAGGAGAUGCUGAGAGAUGGCUCCAUAGCCAGAACUAGCCAAGCCUCCUACAGCUACAAUACUUUUUAGUGCUCACCAGUCAGGUCUGUUUCGGAGAAUUAAGUGUGAGGACAGUUUUCAAAUUCACCUUCUAGAACUGGCCUGCCUAGUUCUCUCCUCCUCUUCCCCACUCUCUGUCUCCCUUUCUCUUUUCUUGCUACUAAGUUUUAUAGCAUAUCCACUCUCCUUUAUUUUGGUGACUGGAUACUCUUUUGGAAAUCACUUUUACCUGUUUCAACUGUAUUUGUAUCGAUUCAACACAAUAUGGUUCUCACUAAUAUUCCCAUGAGACAGAUUCAGUACAGACCUUUCUUCAACAAACAGUUAAGACAUCUAAGACUCUCUCCCAAAAUCAUUUGGAGAAUUCUGACAAAUAACCAAUUAGAUUUCUUUUCUUUUCUUUUCUUUCCUUCUUUUUUUUUUUUUUUUUUCUCUUCAAAACAGGGUUUCUUUGUGUACCCCUGGCUAUCCUGGAACUAGCUCUUUAGACCUGACUGGCCUGAUCUCAGAGCUCCUCUUGCCUCUGCCUCCUACGUGCUGAAAUUAAAGGCAUGUGCCACCACCACCCACCACCAAUUAGGCUUUUGUCUUAAUUGAAAACGUAAUACUUAGUCCAAUAAAGCAAGCAAAUCUGUAUCAAUAUUAUUCACACUUUUAAAGGUAUAUAUUUCUGGGGCUUGGGAGAUGGCUCAGAGGUUAAGACCACUUGUUCUUCUUCUAGAGGAUCCAAGUUCAGCUCUCAGU